CUGGCAGUAAGUUAGAUACUGGGAAUACAAUUGGCUAAUCUUCUAAUGUACCUCCGCGCUUUUGAUGCAGUUGAAGGUGUUCGCAGGCGGGACAGGGGUUGGACAUUACCUCACUCUGAAUGCUUUCUGGGGGGAGAAACGAGCGAGUAAUUAGCUGAUUAGAGGCCCGUCAGAGCAGCUCAGACUCCAGCCAAUCCCCGCUCGCACCGGCCCUUGCAGGGGUGGAGGAGGACGUGCUGAUGGAGUGAGACUCUCUCACACACACACACACCUCUGUUUGUCUGAAGCUGGUGUCGAAGAUCGGGACUGGACGCGAUGUUGCAGCGUGACGCGUUUGGGUGCUUUUCUAGGAAAUAGAUGGAGAGGCGCGCGUGUAAACGGUAAUUUAAAAAGCUUAUUUUAAAAAGUCGUCAAUAAGAUACAAGCUGAGAAUGUCUUAUAUGUAUUUAUAACUUAUCCGUCCAGACUGCGUUUUUUUUCUGAGAAGGAGAGCGCAUGAGUUUGUGAGUAGAAGAGGCUCCUGCGCGCUGACGCACGGCACAGGUGCGCGCCCGGCAAAACUUUACGCGUUUACUCUGCAGUUUCCCACCUUCAGCGAAGCCGUCAUGGAGAAAUCGAGAAACUUCAGAAUUGACGCCCUGCUCGCAGAUGAGACCAACCGGGUGAGCCGAGACCUCUCCCCGGGUCUGAGCAGCGACAGCCCCGCAGGCAGCCCGGUGUCCUGCCGCCGUGCGGACACCCCGUCCCCGCGGGCCGCGCAACUUCAGACAGGACUAAUCCCCAAACCGGGUAUCCUCAAUCUCCCGCAUCCAGGACUCGCUUCUAUUCCCGGCAUGUAUCCCGCACCCAUGUACCCGCUGUCAGCGCUGGGUGGCCAGCACCCCGCGUUCGCGUACACGGGCUUCACACAUCUAACACAGUCCUACCCAGAGCACCUGAAGGCGGCCGCCAUGGCGGGGUCUCUGCCCCUGGAGCACUGGAUCCGUGCUGGGAUCAUGAUGCCGCGGCUGCCAGAUUACAGCUCGGGCCCUCAGUCUGGUCUGUUGGGGAAGUGCCGGAGGCCUCGCACCGCCUUCACCAGCCAGCAGCUGCUGGAGCUGGAGAACCAGUUCAAACUCAACAAGUACCUGUCCAGACCCAAACGCUUCGAAGUGGCCACCUCACUCAUGCUGACUGAAACACAGGUUAAGAUCUGGUUCCAGAAUCGGAGGAUGAAGUGGAAACGUAGCCGGAAAGCGAAGGAGCAGGCCACCGCCUCGGCCCAGUCUGAGACACAGCGACUGCGCGGCGGGGGAAAGACAGCCACCAACAAACCCGACGAGAGCAGGCGAGCCGCGAAUCCGGACGACGGAGGGAUUGAUCUUGAUUUGGAGGACGGCGAGGAGGAGGUAGAGGAGGAGGACGAGGAGGAAGAGGAGGAGGAAGAGGAGGAGGAGGAGGAAGCGAGGCACGGUUUUCCUGUUGGGAUGCCACAACCCAAGGACUUCUUGCAGCGUAGCACCGACAUUGGCUACAAUCCCCACAGCCCGUUCUCUGAUGAUGGGCUGGAGGGGGUGCAGGUGGGAGGAGGUGACAGGAAGAUCGGGGCGGGACUGUGAAGAGACUCCCAGAGACGUUACAGAGACAUUUCACUGGGACGCGUCUGUGUUUGAGUUUACCAGAGAAGAUCUUUGUCUUGUCUGCUCUGUGAAUGUUUAUGUGCUCCAAUCAGGACGUUUGUUGGAAUCACUAAUCAUUCACACGCUCGCAGGAUCGUGACACACAUGUACUGUGUAAACCGUCUCUGAAUAAUCUCAUCUCUAAGUACUGUACAUUUCGUAGCAUGCCGAAAAGAAGAUUGCUCAUUUCACCCCUAAAAAAUGUAGCCGUUUUCACGAGCAUCUGCCAAAUCACCAUCCGGUCACUUUGUCUUCGCUCCAUCCGCUGACAACCUGGAACUCAAGGAGGCGAAGUGAGACAAGUGGACUGUGGUGCGUUUCAGACAGCGUGAGAAUGUACAGUGGGUGCAGCCUGCCCUGCACCAUGAAGACAUGUCAAACGUUGGUGAGAACGUCCUCAUUUACUUUUGUGCAUUUUUUCCGUGAAUAACAAUGUUUUGGUUUUUUUUUGUUCUCGAUGAUGUUUACGAAUUUGUUCUUGUCACUUACAUGUAAAUUAACCUAAUUUAUUUGAAUGAUUGCAAAGAUGAAUCAUACAUGUAUUUAUCUGAAACUUGUUUGUGGUGUAACUGUGAAAUUAAAAACAAAUACAGCUUUGAGGAAAUAAAGAAGAGCUGAAAAAUGAA